ACCACCCCAUUAAACCACCUCCACCCUUCUUCUUGUUCUUCCUUCCACUUCCCCCACUCGUCGUCUCCCCUCCUCCUCGCGCCCAAUCUCCUCCUCCUCCGGAAUCUUCUCGUCUCCUCGUCGUGUCGUGCUGCCCACCAACUGCUCGUCUCGGGGGCCGUGACGGGUUCUUCCCUCUUCCCGGCAAUUUGGGUGGAGGGAGCAACGUGGAUUGGGGGCCCCGACCUUCCUGUCUGUUCUUGGAGAGAGAGUUGCGCGGAUUCUGGAGAUUCAGGUGGCAUUCUGAUCCGGCAUUCGCGGUUUCUUGGGCGGCGGCGGUGGCGGCGGCGGUUGGUGGCCGGCCGGGCAAGUCGUCACCGGUGCAGUGGCGCCUUUCCGUGGAAGCUUUUGUGUUUUUUUCUUUCUUUUCGCCGCCGCGGUGUGCUGCUGCUGGUGUGUGGUGGGGAUGCGCCUCGCCCCCUUUUGCCGCCUCUGCGUGGCGUGGCUAUCAAGCGUCGGCGCAAUUGCGUUGGUUUCUGGUAGAUAAAAACCGCAUCUUUUUUGUUUGGUGGGAGCUCUCGAGCGAAGGUUCCUGGCAAUGCCGAGCAUCCGAGCUCCGGCUUCCAAGCAGACGGCCACGCUACAGGUGGCUGUGAAGUGCAGGCCACUGACAGACAGCGAGCAGCGGCGUUCGCGGCAUAUCAUACAAGUCAUUGAUGAUAAGAAUGUCGUUGUGCUGGACCCUGAUCUGUCCAAGGACUACCUUGAACUCAUCCAAAACAGGACCAAGGAGAGAAGAUACAGCUUCGAUCAUGUGUAUGCGCCCGGGUGCUCCAAUGCGGAUGUAUAUAAGAAUAUAUCUUCUACAAUUGCUGGUGUAGUUCAAGGCCUUAAUGCGACAGUCUUUGCUUAUGGUUCUACUGGAAGUGGGAAAACUUAUACAAUGGUUGGAACCCAUAGUGAUCCUGGUCUUAUGGUUCUGAGCUUUCGCACAAUCUUUGAUCUGGUAAAGAAGGAUGACAGUAAAGAUACGUUUGAGGUCUCAUGUUCAUAUCUUGAAGUGUACAAUGAGGUUAUCUAUGAUUUGCUUGAAAAAUCGUCAGGUCACCUGGAGCUUCGUGAAGAUCCUGUGCAUGGUAUAAUGGUUGCUGGUUUAAGAAGCAUUAAGGUUCACUCAGCAGAUAAGAUUCUUGAACUCUUGAACAUAGGCAACAGUCGGCGCAAGACAGAGAGCACAGAAGCAAACUCAACUUCUUCACGGUCACAUGCUGUCCUGGAGAUAACUGUGAAGCGAAAACAAAAAGGACAAUAUGGUAGUCAGGUUCUUCGUGGAAAGCUUGCGUUGGUUGACCUUGCGGGCAGUGAGAGGGCCUCUGAAACAAACAACUUUGGGCAAAAGCUUAGAGAUGGAGCCAACAUUAACCGUUCACUUCUAGCGCUAGCGAACUGCAUCAAUGCCCUUGGCAAGCAAAACAAGAAAGGUCUUGCAUAUGUUCCAUAUCGAAACAGCAAAUUAACACGAAUCCUGAAGGAUGGGCUCUCUGGUAACUCUCGUACUGUUAUGGUUGCUACGAUAUCACCAGCUGAUGAUCAGUAUCAUCACACCACCAAUACACUCAAGUAUGCUGAUCGUGCAAAGGAGAUAAAAACACAUGUCCAUAAAAACAUUGGACAUCUUGACACCCAUGUUGAAGACUACAAAAGGAUGAUUGACAAUCUCCAGGUUGAGGUUUCUCAGUUGAAGAAGGAAUUAGCUGAGAAGGAGCAUCAGUUAAGUGUAAAACCUACUGAAAAAGCUGCAGACAAUGAGCUAUCUUGGCUAAAUAUCUUGAGCCAGGAAACUGGCGAGAAUGUUCAAGAACGCAUUAAUCUGCAGAAAGCACUGUUUGAACUUGAAGAAACCAAUAAGCGCAAUCGAAUGGAGCUCCAGCAUCUUGAUGAUGCAAUUGCAAGACAACAGGUGAAAGAUAAGGAUUCGGCUGUUCUGCAAGCAUUAACAUCACGGAGACAAGUUAUUCUUGACAACAUACGCGACAAUGAUGAAGCUGGUGCUGGCUACAGAAAGGAUAUUGAACUGAAUGAGAGUCGCAAACGUCAACUCCAAGAUAUGAUCGAGGAAGCCACCAGUAACAAUGGCAACAGAACCUACCUCCACAUUCUCAGUCAGUACAGACUUCUUGGGAUGACUAAUGCCGAGCUUCAAAUUGAGAUGGCUAUGAGGGAUCAAGUAAUAUAUAACCAGAGGGAAUCUCUAAGGAGUCUGUGGAACAUUAUUUAUGGAACAGGGCUAAACCAGAAACAGAUUUCUAAACUAGCUGCGAAGCAAGGCUUAACUAUAGAAGGCUGUCCUUUGCCUGUGUCAAGUCCUGAUGUUACUACCCCACCUUCCUUUUCACCCCAUGGAAGGCUAUCACCAUUCAUGUCAUUUCCUAGCCCGCAAUCACAGCCUUAUUCCCCGUCUGCUUGCUUUGUCCAACAUGGUUUCAGCACCAUGUCUUAUCUCAGAAAUCAACAUGAGACGCCUACAGUAUGUAGGCAGGAGCACCUCAGUUCUUACUACAUGAUGUCUGAGUGCUCGCCUUUUGAUGGUGAUGGAAAACAGAAGACAAAUGGAAGGUCAAUGCCAUACUUUUCUACCCCGGGAAAACCAAAAGAAAUGUAUAACUUUUCUCCUGGAACUGAAAGCGAGAGAACUCCCUGCAGUAAGGAAUACCCCACCUCAUAUUCUCGCAAUGGAGAUUCGCUUGUACAAAUAAAGGAUUCCUGGUAUACAGAAGAAAGGCAGUGAGGAAGGAAGGACAUCAUCAGCACUCUUCCAUUGCACAUUAUCAGGCCGGACGUUUGCCACUGGAGCCCGUUCCUACAUCUUCUGCCAACAGGCCCAACACCAAUGUUACCCUGAGUUCAUGAAAAUGCUUCAGUUUAGAUGUUAGGAUAUCAGCCAAAGCUGCGGCCAUGAGGCCACGGCCAUUUUGAUCUUGAUGCCUCUAUGAUGAACCCCAAGAUGGCUCACUCCACCCUGUACAGUAGCUGUUAGUCUCCAGUCUUUCUUGAGUUUCUUCUCCUUUGUACAGUAGCUUUUCUGUAGGAUGAAUCCGAUUUUUCAGAAUGCUGUAAGCAUGUAAAUCUGCUGUGAUUGUAACCCCUUUGCACCCAUCAAAUCAACAGAAUUAUUCCAAGAUCGGUCUCAAAACACUGAUGAAACAAAAUGAGUACUACUUCAGCAGAUAUCAGCAUCA